CAUACACACACACACUGAAUAUCCAUUGAGUAACAGCCAUAAAAGGGCAUUUAUGGCUCAUGGUUUGUCCAAGAGAAUAACUUUUGCUUUUCUUGGUGAAUUCAUUCAUGGUCGAGUACGGACAAGCUGUAUGAGAUUUAUAGGGACUUUUUUUUCCUAAUUUCAGUUGGAUCUCAGGAGUGCAGGUGUAUGUGUGUGUGAAUGGGUGUGAUUGUAAAAGAGUGAGUGUGUGUGUGUGUAUGAGGUCUUCAGUUUACUGUCGGAAAGCCUAAUGACAGCCUGGAUACGGGCCUCCCUCCUGGCCUAUGCCGUGGCGUGUGUUUCGGGUCAGACAUGUCUGCCAGGCCAGUUUGAGUGUCGGAGAGGAGAGUGUGUGUCGGAGGAGAGUGUGUGUGACUUUAGUGAAGACUGUGAAGACAGCAGCGAUGAGAAACACUGUGAAUUUUAUACGAGGUGUAACUUUGAAGAUGGACUUUGUGGUCUUCAAACAACACGCUCAGAUCAAAUCUGGACCAGAGGCACAUGUCUGACUGACCCUGGGCCAGCUUUAGACCACAAAGGCAAUGCCACAGGACACUACCUGUAUCUGCACUCUGACAAUGGAGAGGCGGCUACUGCAGAAAUCUCCAGUCCAUUCUUUCUGCCUUCAGAAUCCUGCAGGAUAACAUUCUACCAUCACAUAGGGCUGCUGGACGGAGCUCUGCAGCUUCUGACUGAAGAUCUGCUUUCAGGAGAGGAUCUGCAAAUCUGGACUGAGACCAAACCAAAUGCUGACCCACUCAAAACCCCUUGGAUAAGAUCAUCAGUGACUUUCAGACACAGCCAGGAGUUUCGGGUGGUGAUCCGUGGACUGAUCUUUCACAGCACUGAUCCUGGUGAGGUUAUUGCAUUUGAUGACCUGUCCUUCAGCCAAGGCUGUGUACUAAAUGCAGUGGGAGCUGAUCUUUUCCCCGUCAGAAGUUCCUCUCAGUUUGACUGCAGUGCAGGUGUGUGUGUGGACGCAGAGAGAGUGUGUGACUUCACUCCAGACUGUCCUCAAGGAGAAGACGAGGCCAGCUGUGCUGCAGAGUGUGACUUUGAGACAGACUCAUGUGGUUGGCAUGAGUUCGCUCCAGGAGAUGGUUUUGAUUGGGUGAGGAGCUCACCAGUGGACGUCCCCACUCAGUACCAAUACCAAGCACCUCCCAGAGACCACUCUACCAACAGCAGCAGUGGUCACUUCAUGUUUGUUCUGAAGAACAGCAACAGUUUCUCUCAGCGUGCUUUACUGCACAGCCCCACAUUUCAGCAGUCAGGCUCCAACUGUACCAUUACUUUCUGGCAUUUCAACGCUGGUCUGUCUGUGGGCGCUGCCAACAUGUAUCUCCGAGUGAAGGACAUGGACACCCUCACCGUCCUGUGGCGGACACUCUAUCACCAAGGCAACCAGUGGCUGCCGGUGACGGUGCAGAUUGGCCGGCAGACCAGGCCCUUCUACAUAUCCGUGUCCAAGCUGAGUCUAGGCGUGUACGACGGCGUCUCGGCCCUGGAUGACAUCACUUUCCAGAACUGCUCGCUGCCGAAGCCUAUGGACGAGUGUCCCACCCCGGACCACUUCCACUGUAGGCGGAGUCGAGCGUGUGUGGAGCGCCUCCAGCUGUGUGACCUUGUGGAUGACUGUGGAGACGGGUCGGACGAGGAAAACUGCUCCUCAGAACUGAUGUGUGAUUUUGAAGAGGGUUUAUGCAGCUGGACUCAGGAUGUAGAGGGAGACAUCUUUGACUGGAGCCGAAUCCAGGGCCCCACACCCACUCCUAAAACUGGCCCUCUGAAGGAUCACACGUGGGGGACUGUAGACGGACAUUACCUCUACAUCGAGUCCUCCUCUCCUCAGGAGUUUAAAGACACAGCCGUCCUCAUCAGCCGAGCCUUCAAGCCCACCGCCAGUGAAAGCCGAGACCCCGUGUCUCCGUGCGUCUUCCGCUUCCACUACCACAUGCUGGGGGAGCAUAUCUUCCGCCUGGCUGUUUACAUCCGCAACCGGAGUGGGGGGCGGGGCCAGAUGCUGUGGGUCCGCUACGGUGAACAGGGAGACCUCUGGCACAGGAAGACACUGUACCUCAACAGCGUGCGUCCCUUCCAGAUUUUAGUGGAGGGCACGGUGGGGGAUGACUUCACAGGAGAUAUUGCCAUAGAUGACCUGUCCUUCUUAGGCUGUGAGCCAUAUGAAGGCUCGCUCCCAUCGGCGGAGUCCAUCACUCCAACACCUCCCCCUCCUUCUUCAUCAGUCCCUCCUCACAGCUGUCCACUGGGUCAGUUUGCGUGUGGGUCUUAUGGAGAGUGUGUAAGUCAGGGUCAGGUGUGUGACUUCAGGCUGGACUGCUCUGAUGGUUCUGAUGAAAAGGACUGUGUAAAAGAGCACUGUGAUUUUGAGGACGGGGAUUUCUGCGGGUGGAAUCUGGCCAGCCCCGCCCCUCCGGUGCCGAUUCAUGCUUUCCGUUGGCAGGCAGGGCAGGGAGAAACUAUCCACCAUGGAGAGGAGUUUCAUAGACCUUAUCAUGACCAUACACUUGGCACUUUAGAGGGUUGGUAUGUGUAUGCAGACAGCUCUAAUGGAGGAUAUGGCCAAACAUCUGCUCUCCUGACUCCACCAAUCACUGCCACUGGGCCCCAGUGCACUAUGGGAUUCUGGUACUACAUGAGUGGUUUCACUGUGGGCACACUACAGGUGUUUAUAAAGUCUGCAAAUGCCACACAUGAAGUUUGGUCUGAAACUGGGAACCAGGGCAGCCGCUGGAUGCGUGGCGAGGUGUUCAUCGGAAUUCGCCACAAUUUUCAGGUGAUCCUACGUGCUAAGCGAGGUGUGAGCUACAUGGGAGAUGUGGUGGUUGAUGACGUGGCUUUUAUAGACUGUUCCCCUCCCGUCUUCUCUGACCGUUCCUGCAGAAAGGAUGAGUUUGCUUGUGCUAAUGGCCACUGCAUCCCCCAAGGCAACCUGUGUGACUUUAUCGACCACUGUGGAGACUCCUCAGACGAAAACCACUACAUCUGCAAGGGCUUCCACGGCCAGUGCAACUUUGAAUUUGACAUUUGCUCCUGGAAGCAGCAUAAAAGCGACAGUGUUGAUUGGCUAAUUAAAACAGGAAGAACUCCUACUCUGGGUACGGGUCCCUCCACUGACCACACGCUGCGGAACUCUUUGGGACACUACCUUUACCUGGACAGCUCCUUCCCCCAGGUUUCUGGAGACGUUGCUCGACUCUCUGGACUGUGGUUCAGCCACCGCAGCCAAGACUGCAAGAUGAUGUUUUACCUGCACAUGUCUGGCGAUGGCUGCGGCACGCUGAGUGUGUAUCUCACCACAAAGUUAUCCCAAGCCCUCCAGCUCAACAUCAGUGGGCAUCAAGGCAACUACUGGAUCAGACAUGAGGUGCCCCUGUCGUCUGCUGAGCACUUUCAGGUCAUGUUUGAGGGCACCGUGGGCCGAAACAGCAAAGGUGACAUCUGCCUCGAUGACAUCACUUUUUCACCUGGCUGUCUCCUUAAGAACAAUCCCCUGGCAGACUUUCCCCCUUCUCCACCCACUGGCUCCUGUCCACUAGGAAUGCUUCCCUGCGACAAUGGUAGCUGCUACAAACCAGAGCAGUCUUGUGAUUUUAAGGAUAACUGUGGAGAUAACUCUGACGAGAAGGACUGUGGGACGUCCUGCUCGUUUGAAGAUGGCCGCUGUGGUUGGAAGAGUUCUCCGAUUGACAAGUUUAAUUGGGUGUUGGGUACUGGCUCCGCCCAGAGCAUCAAACCACCACAUGAUCACACUCUGAUGAAUGAAAAUGGUCACUUCAUGUAUAUGGCAGCUACUCCGGUAGGUUUAAAAGGGGAUAAAGCUCAUUUGAGGAGCUCUGUGUGGAGGGAGUCCAGCGCCACCUGUAAACUGGCUUUCUGGUACUACAUUUCCCACAAGGCAACAGGACUCAUCCGGCUCUUCUUGAAGACAGAGAAUGAGCUGAGGGAGGUCUGGAUGGAGCAGAGGAGGAUGUUCGAGUGGAAGAGAGCAGAAGUGCCUCUGAGGAACCUGAGGAACUUCGAGCUCAUUUUUGAAGCGGUUCGGGUCAUCGACGUGAGCGGCGGGGCAGCCCUGGACGACCUAGAGUUUAUAGACUGUGCUCGCAGUGUCAUCCACCCCGGCGCCUGCCCCGCAGCCACUGAUUUCCGCUGCAGCAACUGCGACUGUAUCGACUCCAGUCUGGUGUGUGAUAAUAAGGCUGAUUGCGCUGACAGGUCUGACGAACUGGACUGUACUGGCCUGGCAGGAGCCUGUAACUUUAACAUGCCUGAGGAGCAGUGGGAGCUGGAGUGUCGGCUGCAGCAGGACCAGAAUGAUGAUUUUGACUGGCAGAUCGGGCACGGUCAGGUCCAUCAAGGGACCGGACCCUCCAGUGACCACAGCCUGGACGGGUCGGGAGGAUACCUGUAUGUGAACUCGGCCCUGCAGCGAGAGGGGGAUGUUGCCAGGGUAACCACCCAGCUGGAGUUUCCGGCCAGCGUCGGUGUGUGCCAUCUGCGGCUGUGGUUCUACAUGUUCGGCUCCAAGCGCAUGGGGACGCUGAAGGUUUACACAGUAGGCAGGAACGGCGUUCCCUUGCUGAUGUGGGCGGCCAGCGGAAAUCACGGACGCAGCUGGCGCUACAGUAAUGUGGUCCUGUCCAACCCGCUGCCCUUCAGAGUGACCUUCGAGGCGGUGGUGGGAGGGGACAAGUGGACAGACAUCGCUAUAGAUGAUCUGUCCUUCACCCCAGGCUGUUCUAUAGGAGCCCCUGUGACCUCCACCCCACCCACAUGUGACCCGGAAUCCUUCCAGUGUGUGUACCUGCUGGAGUGUGUGCCGCUGAGCUGGCGGUGUGAUGGGGAGGCGGACUGUGUGGACCGUUCGGAUGAGGAGGGCUGUGAGAGUGUGACGCCGGGCACAGUACCCCCACAGACCGUCUGUAAGGACACACAGUUUCGCUGCAGCAAUGGCACCUGCGUCCCCGCACUGCUGCGCUGUGACAGUGUACCAGACUGCCCUGAUGAAGAAGAUGAAUAUGGAUGCCCUUCUAUUCAGUGUGACAAUGGAGAGUUGGUGUGUGAGAGCACUGGUGGAUGUGUUCCUUGCUCCAGGCGAUGUGAUCAUACUUCAGACUGCCCCCCCUUUAACCCUGACGAGUCCAGCUGCGAUGUGUGCCCUUUUGGCUACUGCCUCAAUCGUGGAAUAUGUUUCGUGGGAAACCAUGGACCUGUGUGCAUCUGUAAGUCAGGAUGGACUGGAAACCGUUGUCAUGUGGAGCAAAAACCAGCCACACCCACUUCUUCAGAUGUGAUUCCCGACACAGAAUUAGUGACAGUAUACACUGGUGUAAGUAUAGCAGUGGUCCUACUGGCUAUUGCAGGUGGUGUCACCAUGCUCUUCUUCUUUCAACGGAAACACUCAGCAAGAGAUUCCAGCUUAAUUGCCAAUAUGGAAACGGACAGCUCUGUGUGUAACCAGAAAGAAAAGUUUCCAGAUGUAAGAGCCAAAACCAGAGCCAAGUACUACUGGAGUACAUUUCGUACAUUUCCCAAGCCUUCUAUCAGUGUUUACCCAUGGAGAGAUGAACUAGAGUAUGCUGCCAAGCUGUUUUUCUCCAACCCACUCUAUGAGGAAACCAGAAGCUGCGAGGCCUGAGGAUAAACACACACACACAUACACACAAAGACACACACACACAAAGACACACAAUGACACUACAUGCCCUUGCAUGGCUAUACUUUCUGUGUAAUUUGAGCCUCCUUGGCUGCAUGACUAUACAUGAACAGCGUCCAAAAACUGUAAAAUCCAUGAAAACUUAAUUUCUUUAACUGUCAUGGGAAAACAGUGAAAGCAACUGCAAAUUAUCAGCUUAUUACUCAACAUAUUAUAGGCUGUGUUCAGCGAUUCUGGAGUGGAGAAAAGUGGCCAUGUUAAGUACUAGGAAAACACACUUAUUAGAAGUCCAUAAUUCUUCAAUUAAGACUGUAAAUCUGCUGCUCAUUUCCUCUUUUUUUCCAGCCUGUGUGGUUUUCAGUAUUAUUCAUAUAACAGACUCGGCUAUGCUCCGCUGCGAAACACGGGGUUCAUUUCCCAUUUAAAUCAUGGAAACUGCUUUUCUUUUGGACCGCAGCAAACACCAAUAAAAGUGGACAUACUACCCAAACCGG